AAACAAUAACAUACUACUUUCAAGAAACAAAAAGCUGAAACUAUUUUUGGAAAAUUAUUCAAUUGAAACUAGCUGAUGGAAGCUGUACAAUAAACAAACUCAAGCUUAUCAUCUCAUUGGCCUCUUGCACUCAAAGCAGAAAAGUCCCAUCCCUCUUCACUCUGUCAUUUCUGGCCAGUCAAUCUAACUACCAAUCAUCAAGGGGAAGGACCGCCAAAAUAGCAAGUGCUGGUCCAAUGUGAGAUGGGCUCGAUUGUUUGGCAACGGCAGUUUCUUCUAUAAUUCGAUUCAACGACACAUAGGGAUCUUCUGAUUAUUCUUACAGUAUCAAACAAGCUUGUGUCUGGUCGCAGUUUGGGAUCUAGGCCACACAAACCCUUCCAUUUUCAACCACUCGUGCUGCCAUAUAGUCCCAGAUGAUUUGAGCCCGCUAAUAUAGCGAGAAGGACUGGCCAUUAGGCUAUCUUUUAUUUCAUCUCCCUACCGUGUGUUAUUGCAGAAAGCCAUGGCCGUAGGAGAAGCUAUAGAAAACGGAGGAACGUGUAGAUACAAUGGAAGAAUUACUCCAUUUGUUGUCUUUGCUUGUGCAGUGGCUGCCACCGGUGGCAUUAUUUUCGGCUAUGACAUUGGAAUAUCAGGUGGAGUUACAUCGAUGGAGCCAUUUUUGAAGAAAUUCUUCCCAAAAGUGUAUGAUAAGAUGAGAGAAGACACAAAGCUCAGCAACUACUGCAAAUUUGACAGCCAACUCUUGACCUUGUUCACCUCCUCCUUGUACAUAGCCGGCCUUGUAGCUUCCUUCUUUGCCUCCUCGGUCACGAGAUAUUUUGGACGCCGGCCCUCCAUUCUUGCCGGCGGGGCUGCUUUUCUUGCUGGUUCGGCUCUCGGAGGUGCAGCUUCCAAUGUGGCCAUGUUGAUAUUUGGCCGUGUUCUUCUUGGGAUCGGAGUUGGCUUCGCAAACCAGUCAGUCCCUCUGUACAUCUCUGAAAUGGCGCCUCCACGUCAUCGAGGAUUUUUCAACAAUGGCUUCGAAUUGUGUAUAGGAAUUGGCGUUUUAUUUGCUAAUCUCAUCAACUAUGGCACUGAGAAAAUAGAAGGGGGUUGGGGGUGGAGAAUCUCCCUAGCCAUGGCUGCAGUUCCUGCAACAACCCUAAUUUUCGGUGCAUUUUUUCUCCCUGAAACGCCAAACAGCUUAAUCCAGAGAAGCAGCGACAUAGACAAGGCCAAAUCCAUGUUGCGGCGUAUCCGAGGCACAGACGAUGUUCAAGCAGAGCUAGAUGAUCUUGUCAAAGCGAGCUUGAUCUCGAAAACUGUCCGCCAUCCUUUCAGAAACAUCAUCAAAAGGAAGUACAGGCCUCAACUAGUCAUGUCCAUUGCCAUUCCCUUUUUCCAGAUAGUCACAGGAAUUAAUGUCAUUUCGUUCUAUGCCCCCGUGCUAUUCAGAACAAUCGGAUUAGGAGAGAGUGCUUCUCUUUUAUCAGCAGUCAUUACCGGCAUCGUCGGAGUUGUUUCAAUAUUUAUAUGCAUGCUUUUAGUAGAUAAGCUCGGUCGAAGGAAGCUGUUCAUGAUCGGGGGUCUCCAAAUGCUGGCGGCACAAUUAAUGGCCGGAGGAAUAAUGGCAGCUAAGCUCGGAGAUCACAGUGAAAUCAGCAAGCCCUACGCAUACUCGGUAAUUGUCUUGGUAUGCAUAUAUGUCGCCGGGUUUUGCUGGUCGUGGGGACCUCUGGGGUGGUUGGUUCCCAGCGAAAUAUUCCCCUUAGAGAUCCGAUCGGCGGGGCAGAGCAUAACGGUUGCGGUCGGAUUUCUCUUCACAUACCUAGUGGCGCAGACCUUUUUGUCCAUGCUGUGCCACUUCAAGUCGGGGCUGUUCUUCUUCUUUGGCGGGUGGGCGGCAAUCAUGACCGUGUUCGUUCAUCUCUUUUUGCCAGAGACGAAGAACGUGCCGAUCGAGCAAAUGGAUAAGAUCUGGAGGGAGCACUGGUUCUGGAAGAAGAUCGUGGCGGAGAUCGAUGUCAAGACCGAUAAGAUCGAAGCCUGACUCUGCUCUUUCAGUGCAGAGGAACAUAAGCUGGAUAAUCACAAUCACAUUCCGGACUGCUCUUCAGUCUCUCAUUAUUCAGAAUUAGAUAAAUUUAAAGUUCUUGAUGAAUGCGAGCACUUGUAUACUCUAAAAAUGGCGCGAUGUCGCGCUUUUUCAUCUCUCUAUAAGGUCAUGCCAGAGAGCAUCCAAGAAAGGUUUGGACAGGAGCGGCGACGAUGGUGGCGCGCAUGGAGGAUCCGAUGACAGCUGGAUGCAGAAAAAGCUCCGUUGAUUGAGCAAUCAUCGGCGUCUCUUUUGUUCGACGGCAACGUUGAUUUCAGUGCCCCAAAGAAACAGAGAAGCUUUGAGUGUUGUGAAGGCAAAGGCAAAAGGCACAUGGUCAAACCAGCUUUCAUCCAUACUCGAAAACCAUCCCACCACGCCCCGCAAUCUUUUCUUGACUCUUUCUUCAUCCAUCAAAACACCAAGACCCCACAUCCCAAAAUUUAUAUAAAAAAAA